AUGUCUUCCGAACAACCAGUCGCCGCCAUGAGGCGUUCCUCUGAAAAGGACAUUGCCAACGUCCAGUCAGGUUAUGAUACCUCUCGUCCCAUGGACAAUGGCGAAGAAAAUAUCAAUCGGACGGCGCGUGCGCCGACGCGCUUGACCUCCUAUAUCAAGAGAUUCGAGCAGCAAUUGGUCGAGUACAACUUCGAGGCUCGCGGUAUCGAACGCGUGCCAGAGAAUGAGCGGAUGACCAAGUUGACCUGGGUUGCGUACCUGCAGUCGUUUCUGCUCUGGGUCUCUGUUAAUCUGGCUGCCAACAAUAUCACUCUCGGCAUGCUGGGCCCUGCUACCUAUGGUCUGAGCUUCCGCGAUACGGCGCUUUGCGCCGUUUUCGGGGCUUUGCUUGGUAGCAUUCCCGCGGCAUGGAUGGCUACUCGAGGUCCAGUAUCUGGUAUUCGGACUAUGGCAUUCGGACGCUACUCUAUGGGCUGGUGGCCUAGCAAGCUGAUCGUCAUCUUGAAUCUGAUUCAAAUGCUUGGUUACUGUCUGAUCGACUCGGUGGUGGGCGGCCAAAUCUUAUCUGCUGUGUCACCGCAUGGAAACAUGUCGGUUGCUGUGGGUAUUGUAAUUAUCGCUAUCAUCACCUGGAUCAUUGCCACGUUUGGCAUUCAAGUCUUUCAUUAUUACGAACGCUUUGCGUUUCUUCCUCAGCUUGUUGUGGUCUCCAUAUUGUUUGGCGUCUCCGCAAAACAUUUCGACCUUUCGGCCUCGUCCACCGGGGACGCUCGCACAAUUGCUGGAAACAGAUUGUCUUUCUUCUCCCUCUGUGUUAGUUCCGCAAUAACCUACACGCCACUUGCAGCGGACUUCUUUGUCUACUACCCCCAGAAUACCUCUAAAUGGACCCUUUCCUCUCUCUCUCUAGCAGGGCUGACGUGUUCGUUCACCAUGGCGAUCAUCUGCGGUGCUGGCCUCGGAUCAGGUGUCGCCAACUAUGCGAAAUAUAGCGAAGCAUAUUCCGUCGGUGCAGGAGCCCUCAUUGUCGAAGGCUUUAGUCCGCUGGGUGGGUUUGGCAAAUUCUGCUCGGUGGUUGUCGCGCUGGGUUUGAUCGCCAACACCGUGGCUCCUUCCUACUCGGCUGGAGUCGACUUCCAGAUUCUCGGACGUUAUGCGGAAAAGGUUCCGCGAGUGCUCUGGAACACCUUCGGAGCAGUGAUCUUCACUGUAUGCGCCUUGGCCGGCCGGAGCAACCUCUCUGAUAUCUUCACCAACUUCCUGGCUCUUAUGGGCUAUUGGGUGGUCAUGUGGGUGGUCAUCAUUCUGGAAGAACAGUUCAUCUUCCGGUUCCGUAGCGGGUACAAUUGGUACGCUUGGAACGAUCCGUCUAAGCUCCCCGUUGGCAUCGCUGCUUUGAUCGCCUUCCUGGUUGGCUGGGCCGGUGCGAUUCUGUGCAUGGCGCAGGUGUGGUAUAUCGGACCCAUCGCGCGCUUGGUGGGCGAGUAUGGUGCUGAUAUGGGCCUCUAUGUCGCGUUCUCCUGGACAGGCCUGGUGUAUCCUCCUCUUCGGUACCUCGAGCGGCGUUACUUCGGUCGGUGA